CGUGGUGGUGGUGGUGGUGGAGGAGGAGGUGAGGCUCGUCACUCCCGUUCCCGCCCUCACUCGCCGGCAUCCGCAGCAGCAGCAGCAGCACCGACACCAGCCAUGGCCGACUACCACAGACCCGACGCCAACACCCUGCAGGCCCUGAAGGACGUGGCCAACCGUUUGAGGAUCCACUCCAUCAGAGCCACCAGCGCGGCCGGAUCCGGACACCCUACAUCGUGCUGCAGUGCAGCGGAGAUUAUAUCCACAUUGUUCUUCCACACCAUGAAAUACAAAGCUCAGGACCCCAGCAACCCCAGCAACGAUAGGUUUAUACUGUCCAAGGGUCAUGCAGCGCCAGUGCUGUAUGCUGCCUGGGCUGAAGCCGGGUACCUGGAUUCCAAAGAGUUACUGAACCUGAGGAAGAUCAACUCCAUUCUGGAAGGACACCCCGUUCCCAAACAAGUGUUUGUCGAUGUCGCGACUGGCUCCUUGGGGCAGGGUCUGGGAGCCUCUGCUGGCAUGGCGUACACCGGGAAGCACUUCGAUAAAGCCAGUUACCGUGUGUUCUGCCUGUUGGGAGAUGGAGAAUCGUCAGAAGGCUCGGUCUGGGAGGCGAUGGCAUUCGCCUCUUUCUACAAACUGGAUAACCUGGUGGCCAUCUUUGACGUGAACCGUCUUGGGCAGAGCGACCCAGCCCCACUGCAGCACAACGUGGAGAUCUACCGCAAGCGCUGUGAGGCCUUCGGUUGGAACGCGGAAGUGGUGGAUGGACACAGCGUGGAGGAGCUCUGCAAAGCUUUGUGGCAGGCCAGCCAGGUCAAAGAUAAACCAACUGCGAUCAUUGCAAAGACCUUGAAAGGAAAAGGCAUUUCAGGUGUGGAGGAUAUGGAAAAUUGGCACGGCAAGCCCAUACCUAAAGAUAAAAUGGAAGAGAUUAUUAAGGAGAUUCAAGGCAGGAUCGAGAACAACAAGAAACUGAGUCCAGAGCAGCCAGUGGAGGAUGCACCAGACAUCUCCAUUAAAAAUAUCAAGCUCUCCUCCCCACCCAAUUAUAAACUGGGUGACAAGAUGGCCACAAGGAAAGCUUAUGGGGUAGCCCUGGCCAAGUUGGGCCACGACAACCCCCGCGUGGUUGCGUUGGACGGCGACACAAAGAACUCCACCUUCUCCGACCUGUUCAGGAAAGAGCACCCUGAGCGCUUCAUCGAGUGCUACAUCGCGGAGCAGAACAUGGUGAGCAUUGCCAUCGGCUGCUGCACACGGGACAGGACGGUUGCGUUCGCCAGCACCUUCGCCACCUUUUUCUCGCGAGCGUACGACCAGAUCCGCAUGGCAGCCAUCUCCGAGAGCAACGUCAACCUCAGCGGCUCUCACUGCGGAGUCUCCAUCGGUGAGGACGGACCCUCCCAAAUGGGCCUGGAGGACUUGGCCAUGUUCCGCGCCAUCCCCACAGCCACGGUCUUCUAUCCCAGUGACGGGGUGUCAGCCGAGCGGGCAGUGGAGUUAGCGGCGAACACAAAGGGAGUCUGCUUCAUCCGCACCAGCCGGCCGGAAAAUGCCGUCAUCUACGAUAACAGUGAAGUGUUUCAGAUUGGAAAGGCCAAGGUCUUGCGUCAGAGUAAGAAGGACCACGCUACCGUUGUCGCUGCUGGAGUGACCCUGCACGAAGCGUUAACUGCAGCCACCCAACUGGCCAAUGAGGGAAUGAACAUCAAAGUGAUUGAUCUCUUCACCAUCAAGCCAAUCGAUGCCAAAACCAUCAUCGAGUGUGCGAAGGACACCACAACAAAGCGCAUCAUCACUGUGGAGGAUCACUAUCACGAGGGCGGACUGGGGGAGGCGGUCUGUGCCGCGGUGGCCAUGGAGCCCGGUAUCCUGGUGCAGCGGCUGGCGGUGCAGGGCGUGCCACGCAGCGGCAAGUCCUCCGAGCUGCUGGAGAAGUUCGGCAUCAACGCCAAGGCUAUCGUCAAAGCCGUGAGGUGCGGGAAGUGAGCCCGAGCACCUGCUGCGCUGGCGUCCGUGCUGGCAGCUCCGGCUCAGAUCCGGUCCCGGCCGGCGUCACGGAAUUGUACGGGUGACGCGGACCGGGGUCAGCCGGCCUUCGGAAACCGCGUCGUUUCCGCCUCUCUUAACGUGUGAGAUUCCAAUAAAGGUGAAACGCUCUGUGGCAAAACA